CUAGAUGCCAAUCUUUCUUUCCACAUUGAAAGGUUCGACACCCGCCUGCCAUCCCCCAAGUAUCGGCUCUGUGCCUGCCUCUGCUCUCAUCAACCAUACAAACUUUUCGAUUCCAGAUCCACUUUGCACACCAGACCAAGUGCUGCGCUCACUGCCUAGGUCCUGGUUGCCCACGGUACUGUGCGUUGCCAACCCCAAUCUCGCAGCCCCAGGCUUCCUACACUGGAACAAUGGAAACCUCCCAAUUAGGCCAGUCAGAAGGACCUCCCUACCCCUCGUUUAAGGAGCUUGAAUACGAGGAAGUACGUGUCUUCCUCUCUCCCGCUACCGAGCGACUCUUUUGGGAGCUCGAUGGGGUCUUCCCUACCGCGAUAUCCGUUAUGAAAGACGAGCGCGGUGCAAAGGAUGAUCUGGAACCAUUCUUCCGACCAGACACUGGCACGUGGCACGAGAUCUCGCAGCUUCCCGUCACCGAACCAAAGGUCUCGUCUCUUGAAGCUUCGGUCUACGAUCUCGAUCAAUUGGAGUACGAUUGGCUGCGUUGGCAUGAGGACCACGAUACCUCUACGCCCCAGUUCGGCCAAGAGUACGUCACCUACGGAGAUCUUGACGACGACAUCCGGCCUUACGCGAAGGAACCGAAGGAGGACGGCAGCUGGGAGGAGAACUCAGACACAGAGUUUCUCGUCAAGUGCUGUGGAGAGCAUAGACCGCUUCGUAAGAGUGGGCUGAAGUUGGUGGUCACGGCUUCUCAAUCAGCAGGCAGCGAGUCCUUUGUUACGAUCCGUGACUUCGUCAGCGCCGUUCAUCCCUGGCUCAUCAGCAUGCGCGGCGAUAUUCUUAGAGCGAAGGAUCUCUCACAUGAGAAUGCCCAUACACCGGCGGAGCGAUACAAAUGGAUGGUAAACGUAAAGAAACAUUGUGGGGGAGAACUCUUCAUACAAGAAAAGAAGGAGUGGAUUCAGGACCAUAUCCCGGAUGCGCAUUGUCCCGUGUAUCCUAUGACCCCCUCACUAGCGGCAAUACUUGCAGCGAGAGAUGCAUCGAGGGAUAGGUAAUUAAGUGGACAUUUCUAUUCUCUUAUUCAAUAUCACCUUCGACGAGGGCAUUCAAUACUAUGACUAAGGCUUCAGCCAUAAAGGUAUGUAAUCAUUGAGGAACAUUUGAGACAAGCGCCAUCAUCUGCUU